AUGGCUGCCCUUGACCUUGCCAACUGGAUGAAGUACCUGGAACCUAGUGAAUAUGUGAUUAAUUCAUACAUACCCUGCAGUCAUGAUGCCUCUGCAUAUCCAUAUGAAGGAGGUGAAAAUGCAGCGCAUGACCUCGUUGGCAGCAUCUGCCAAAGUGCGGAUUACACCGCCCAGCUCCUCGCAGGGUCUCGGUAUUUCGAUAUGAGGAUCACUCGCUUAGGGAAUACCUUGGUCAUGAAGCAUAAUAUCAUUACAUUCCAGCCUUUUGAGACAGUACUCAAUCAGAUCAAAAACUUUGCUAAGUCUCACAAAUCCGAAUUUUUCUUCCUCGACCUCGACUUUAGUCACAAAAAUGCCAUUGCCGAUGACGUUUUGGCCAUGUUGAUUAAAAUCCUGGGAGACGGAAAAGAAGAUGCAUUUGCAACCGCACACGUGGGCCCUGAUGGCAAAUCUUACAACAAGGAGCUCACGUGGGCCAAGCUCAAGCAAGACGGCAAGCAGUACAUUAUAAUAUGGGGCGAGGAUGAGACGAUCGAUGGAGACACGAAGCAUUACGAGAGCGGCAAGCUCUGGGCUCCGCAAGCGGCAGAUAUUCGAGAUAACUGGGAAGAUGACUACCCUAACAAAUCACCACAGGAGAUUGUAAACUGGCUAGAUGAAGCUCUCAGUCUAUGGAAGAAGGAGAAGCUUUGGAUAACCCAGCUCAUAGAUACUCCAAAACGAUCCUACCUUCCUGGACAUCAUCCUAGUGACUGCGACAGCAAAGCAGCACCAGUCUUCAAUGGAUGGCUCACGAAAUUUAAACCCGGCGACAAGUUAGGUAUUGUCAAGCGUGACUUCGUCAAUGAAGAAUGGAAUGAAGCCGGCAUUUACCAUGUCAUUCGUCUGAAUAAGUUUGCGCAAAGUCCUGACAUCCCUCUUGGUCCAGAAAUCGAUUACUUGAACAAUAUUAGACUCAGGACACUGGACGGACGUUACCUCGCUGUGGAUACCAAACCUCCCGGUAACACAAAUCUGAGUCUAGUGACCCUUGUUGACCAGCCGGCGGACAACACUCGUUUCCUGAUACGGGAGCGUCGGAAGGAUUCAGCGUGGACGUGGCCAUUCAGUGGAAACCUGGACGCUGACUCCUGUGGCGCUAAUGGAAAUGUCCGGCUCGCGCAUGUUGACAGCAGCAUUGGUAACGAUACUGUAUUAUCUUGUGCGAAAAAUUCUGGCGGGUUCCUGUAUUGGGGUGUCAGCUGGAAUGACGCGGACGAUUGGGAGACUUUUCUCCCCUAUAAUCCUGCCAACACUGGGAGCAAGAAUGUGAUUCAUCAUGGCAGUAUUAUUGUCCUCCGAACACUAUGGCACAUGUACUGGAAGGUGGACCUAGAUGAGAACUAUUAUACCAGGGUGUAUGCAAGCGCUGGACCGAUUGAAGAUGCCACCCAGUUUGUGAUAGAGAAGGCAUGA